CCAACUAGAUUCUCAGUUCGACCACGGAAACAGCGGGCAGAAGGAAGAGAGAAGGACGGAGCGAUUUUAAAAAUCGGCGAAGCCGCCAUGUCUGGUAGGAGCUGCUCUCUCUGCGUCUGUGUGCUGGUGCUGCUUGCUUUGGUCUGGCCAGCGUUCGCCCUGGGCUCCACAGCAUCUAGCACCCCCCAGCAGGGCCGCGAGGACGCGGGAGAUAUUAGCUGGACUCUGGGACUGCGUCUCUAUCGCGCUUUACGCGCAGACGGGAUCCAGAACCCCCUUUUCUCCCCCCUGCUGCUCGCCACUUCGCUGGCGGCAGUGGGUGGCCGAGCAGGGGGGUCCACUGCAAGGCAGUUCCAGGAGGCGCUUAACUCCUCUGCGCUACCUCUGAGCGACCAGUGGGAGGCGCUGUCCAGGGCGCUGAAGUCUGCCCGCGCGGCAAACGGAACUAGCUUCAACCUCCACAGUUCCUCAGUGGUCUUCACAAAGCAGGCCCCCUCCCUGAAUCAACAGUUUUUGGAGGAGGCCCAGACUCGAUCCCUGUUGGAGCAUGUGCCCUUGGGGCCUGGGGACAGCCAGGCUGACCUGGAUACCCUCCUCACCUGGGCUAAGAGGGGCAUGGGUGGGGACAAAGGGGCGGAGCUGACCGGAGAAAUCAAGGCAGAAUCGGGAGGGCUAAUCCUCGCCCAUGCACUGCACUUCAGAGGGGUGUGGGACAGAGGGUUCGACGAGGACCACCAGGACCUGCGCACUUUCCUGGGGACAAAGUACACCAAGGUGCCCAUGAUUUACAGAGCAGGUGUUUACCGUCACUGGGAGGACAUGGUGAACAUGGUCCAGGUCAUAGAGCUUCAGCUGUGGGGAGGCAAGGCCAGCCUGGUGCUGCUGCUGCCCUUCCACGUGGAGCCUCUGAGCCGGCUGGAGCGACUGCUGACCCCGACCCUGCUGGGGGUCUGGCUCAAAGAGCUGAGCAACAUGAGCAUGGCCAUCUCCCUACCCAGGACCACACUGUCCAGUACACUGAAUCUACAGAAACAUCUGUCCGCUCUGGGGCUAACCGACGCCUGGGACGAGGGGAAGGCGGAUUUCUCGGGCGUAACGGGCCAGCCCGGCGGGGGGGAGGGGAAACUCCACCUGGGGGGGGUCCUGCACUGGGCCUCUCUGGAGCUGAGCCCGGAGGGGGGCCCGGACGAGGCCGAGGAUGAGGAGGUGGGAAGGCCGAAGAUGUUCUACGCCGACCACUCCUUCAUCGUCCUGGUGAAGGACAAUGCUACGGGAGCUCUGCUGCUGAUGGGGGCCCUCGAUCAGGCAGAGGGGCCUGCACUGCACGACGAGCUGUAGACUGUUUGUUCUCCUCAAGCAGAAGCUGAUGUCAUCGCCUGUUCGUUUCUUGGCUCUUCUUUAUGAUGCAGUCAGCCUUUUUAGUAACAUGUUUGUUUUAUAUGUCCUGUAUUAUUUGUCAAGAGUAACCCACCACCGACAUGGACAUUAGGGAAUACAGACAUCGAAGGAGUCGGGCAAGAUGGCUGGCUCUCCAGACAGACACAGACAGACAGACAGACACACCAACCCAGGAGGACCAGAGUAGAUAGCAUGCUUGUCCUAUACUUGUCCUAUAGUCCUCCUGCUGAGCUGUGCAGUCACUGCACCAGAGAAUGACGCUAGUGAAGCAGUUGCCUCAGGCACACUGCAGGUGUCCGAUCAACCAAAGGACUCUAUGAUGUAGUGCACUGAGGCUGGAAGUACUACUGGCCUACGAGAUGGUCCUGUGACCAACUGUGCACCACCCAGCCAUCCAGAGGCCUCCAGUCUUACCAGUCAACAGACUGGGAAUGCCACAACUUGCAUUUACAUUGCAUUUGCAUCACAUUUACCAAACCGUUGAGAACAUUUUUUAUUUGGUGGAGAUCUUCAGUUUGAAGCUAAAAAAUAAAUAUAUAAAUAUA